UUGUUUCUCCCUUACACACUCACAGAAAGCCACGAAGAAAACUGACAAACCCAGGCCAGAGGAGAAGGAUGACCUAGAUAUAACAGAGAUGAGUAAUGAAGAUCUUCAAGAGCAACUUAUGAAGUAUGGACUGAAUCCUGGCCCGAUUGUAGCUACUACUAGGAAACUUUAUGAGAAAAAACUGUUGAAACUGAUGGAGCCAGGUCCAGAACUGAAGGCACCUGUGCCUCUCCCAGCGAUUUCCUCAACUGCUGAGAACACCAGACAGAAUGGAAAUAAUGAUUCUGACCAGUACAGUGACAAUGAAGAAGAUCUGAAGUCUGAGAUGAGGCUUGAGAAGAGAGAACCAUUGAAAGCCAGGACAAAGACUCCAGUAGCACUCAAACAAAGAAGAGUUGUUGAACACAACCAGACCUAUUCUCAAGAUGGAGUUACUGAGACUGUCUGGACAAGUGGAUCUUCAAAAAGUGGACCUCUGCAGGCAUUUUCUAGGGAGUCUACAAGAGUGUCAAGAAGAACACCAAGGAAAAGGGUGGAAGCUACAGCGCAGUUGCCUGUAGAUGAUGCUGUAAUAACAGAGAGUACUCCUAUAGCUGAAACUAUAUUGACUGCAAGCAACGAGACCCUAGUUGUCAAUAGGGUGACUGGAAAUUUCAAGCAUGCAGCUCCUACACUGUCAAUCAGUGAACUCUCAGACAUGCCCAGAACACCACCAAAGAAACCACUGAUGACAGCUAAACAAGAAGAGACAGAUUACCUACAUAAAUGCCUUUUUAAUCAUGUUGGCCACAACCAGUCCUGUGAUCUGCUCAACACAGCCAUGAUAGAGGAAACUGAGGAGAACACCGAAUGCUUUAAGACACCAAAAGUGUCCAGACAGCUGCCACUAACAAAGGUGCUGGAGAGAACUCAUACAGAAGAACGAAGAGUAGAAAGGGAUAUUCUUAAGGAAAUGUUCCCUUAUGAAGUAUCAACGCCUACAGGAAUUAGUGCUAGCUGCCGUAGACCAAUCAAAGGAGCUGCUAGCCGGCCUAUAGAGCACAGUGACUUCAGAAUGGAUGAAAGUUUCUCUAAGUAUGCUCCAAAAUAUGGUACCUCAACUGACAUGAAGUCAGAGAAACCACCAACAAAAAAAGAACGCUCCAUUCCCCUGUGGAUAAAAAUUCUUCUCUUUGUUGUCGUUGUGGUCUUCUUGUUUUUGGUUUAUCAGUCUAUGGAAACUAAUCAAGGAAAUCCUUUCUCUAAGUACAUGAGUAUGGUCACUCAGGCCAGUGCCAAAUGAGUAUCUUUCUGAAAGGCACACCUGAUUUGAUCUCCUGUUUUUAAUUGUAGAGAACUCUUCUGCCCUCUCAUCGGCUCAAGGACUUCUUACAAAUAAUGUGAUUGGAACCUGAUAAAUUGGAUAAAUGAAGCAAGAUAAUAUUAAAUGGACAUCAGUACCUUUCUGGACUCUGGACUAGUAGGAGAUCACUUUGCCAUAAGAGUAACAUUUUUUUAGAUCUUCGAACUUUUUGUAGGCUUUAUUUUUUUAAUGUGGACAUCUUUAAAUUCAUUUUUGAGAAACUGUACAUUUGUUUUUGCAAGAACU